AUGAACACAUACGCUCCAAAUCAAAAACAGUCUAGGAAACCUGUCUUUUUCAUUGCAGCAAUCACUGUUGCUGUUGUGUUUUUCGGCUACACCUGGCUGUUCAAGCCAUCUAAAACCGCAAUCGUCCAAAAGGCGAUCGUGGUGCUAAAAGGCGACUCCCCAGUCGCUGGCACUAUCACGUUCGAGCAGUCCUCAGCAGAUGGACCAGUCAAGGUCUCGGGAGAAAUAACCAACCUUGACCCUUCUUCUCAGCGUGGUUUCCAUGUCCACUCUCUGGGAGACCUCAGCGGCGGUUGUUUAUCUACAGGGUCGCACUUCAAUCCAUACGACCAAACCCAUGGUGCUCGCUCGGACUCUGUCAGGCAUGUUGGUGACCUAGGAAACAUCGAGAGCGAUGAAUAUGGCACAGCCACCAUUUCCUUCGAAGACAGCCUCAUUUCCUUGAAUGGCCCCACGAGCAUAGUUGGACGGGCUGUCGUUGUUCAUGCGGGCACCGAUGAUCUAGGAAAUGGCGGUAAUGAAGAGUCUCUCAAGACCGGAAAUGCAGGUGGACGAGCCGCCUGUGGUGUCAUCGGGCUCGUAUAA